AUGGAGAAUCACGAGCUUCUUCCAAAUAUUUGUUCUUAUUUACGUCAAACUACAGAAGCUUCACAAACCUUUUCUGUUUGUGACGUCUCAAACCCUGUAAUCGGGCUCACAAGCCACGAGACUAGCGGUCGCAACACUGGUGAUACUUGUCCAAAAUCAUAUAUUAUGACACCAAACAAUGGUGGCUCUGGCAUUCCACUAAACUUUAUUGAAUCCUUCCCACAAAAUUCUGAACCAUAUAUGGGUUCGUUCACCAACACCUCAAUGUUGUCUCCAAACUUGAGCAUGUGGUUGAACGAACCCAAACUCGUAGCCAAUUUGCCACCAGUGGUAAAUUGGCUCAAGAUCAAUCAAAACUCAACAAACGACGCUAGUGAUCAUUCCUGGCGGUGCACUACUAGUGCUCAGACUAUGAAAUACACUAGGAGUAGAGGGGUUAUUAACACAACAUUCGAAAGGAACCAAAUUUGCUCACCAAGGAGGAUAUUUAGAGGAGUAAGACAAAGGCAUUGGGGAAAAUGGGUAGCCGAGAUCAGGUUACCACGAAACAGGACACGGGUGUGGCUUGGGACAUAUGUUACAGCAGAAGAAGCUGCCAUUGCAUAUGAUACAGCUGCAUAUAUGCUAAGAGGUGAUUGUGCACACUUAAACUUUCCUAAUCUAAAGAACCAACUGAAAGCUAGCUCGAGAAACGGGAGCAUUGUAGCUUUACUAGAAGCAAAGUUGCAAGCUGUCUCUAAAGGUGUGGUGGCCAAAACAAAGGCUAAUGACAUAGCACCACAAUCGCCAGAGUUAGGAUUAUCUGAAAUGCCUACGAUAGAAGGUGGGUUGGAGGUGGACGUAGCGGUGCCACCAAAUGCAGGGGAAGGGGUUCAGCUCAGUAGAAUCCCGUCUUUGGAUAUGGAUAUAAUUUGGGAUGCACUUCUGGUUUCCGAUACAUAA